AUGGAAGAUAACAGUCAGGGCGGCGUUCAGAACAACGUUGGUGUCAAAAUAGAAAACGACACUCGAGUUUACACCAACAUAUCUAGUAAUGUUCUAGAUGACAACCAGCACGAUGCUCAAAACGAUACUCAGGGCAAAGUUCCAGAGAAAGUCGCAGACGACAUUCAAGACAUCAGCAAGGAGUACAAAGACACGAGCCAGACAUCUCAAAGCAAGGCUGAGGAAGUCCUUAGGCGGAUAGAAGAAUUGGUGGAGGAAGACAUUAGACAGAGGGCUAGGAUCGAUGAACUCCUCGCUCAGGUUCAGAAGGACAAGAAGCGGCUAGACGAGAUCAUUGAACAUCUGAAGUUUAGGAAGAAGAUCAGAGGUCAGGCUGAGCACAAGGGGGAUUAUACAUGA